AUGUCUUUUCCAUCACUCGAAUUGGUCCAUCUACCCUUAUUCAAGCCUAUUCCGGAACAUACUCCCGAUGAUGAGAGAACCUAUAUCAGCUACCAGCGUGCUGCUGCCGUUGUCAAAAUUUACGGCAUGACAGCGGUAGAUGUCCUUCAAUUCACUCCAAAGUUCUGGAAUCUUCAUCUGGAUCUCAUUGGGGCUUUAGACUGCGCUGCAUAUACGUUGAUGACCAUUCAAAUCAACCUUGCAGCAGGAACAUUGGCUCCUUUUGCAGAGAAACAACCGCAGUACCGAAAACUCUUGAAUCGGAUGUUGGACUUUGAAAUUUCAGCACAGUAUAUGCUCACUGAGGUCGGGCACGGAUUAGAUGCAAAGAAUUUGGAAACAACUGCAACAAUGCUUCCAAGUGGAGAGUUCGAUCUACACACCCCUAGACCCAGUGGGGCAAAGAUGAUGCCACCAGCUGCGCCAGUAAAGGGUUUCCCGCGAGUUGGAAUUGUCUUCGCCCGGCUUAUUAUUUCCGGUGAAGAUCGUGGUAUCAGACCCUUUAUCACUUGGCUCAGCGAUGGAGAGCAUAUGUGUGAUGGUGUGACUGCGAAGUUGCUCCCCAGACGAGCAGCAUCAAAGCCGCUGGAUCAUGCCAUUACGACUUUUACUCAUGUCCGCCUACCCCAGUCCGCCCUCUUAGGAGGCCUGGAUAAGCCGAAAGAUAUGCGAAAGGAGUUUCUAUCAUCCAUCUGGCGCGUUGGGGUUGGUAGUCUCGCGUUGCCACUACAUAUGAUUCCAGCGAUGAAACGGGGUGUUUUCGUCGCAGGAAAAUAUAGCCAGCGUCGGCACAUAUUGGGGCCAGACCAGAAACCUAAGCCCAUUAUCUCUUUCCGGACUCAACACGGCCCCAUACUGCAUGCAUUGGCCCAGCUCUCCGUUUUCGACGCCUAUGCUCAAAAGAGCAUCCAGUACUUCAAACACACCAACCUGGCAGCCCCGGUCCAACAUGCGAUUGGGGCUAUGUCGAAGGCUGUGUUGUACAAAGCAUCUCAAGCCUGUCUUUUUACUCUCUCCGAGCGAUGUGGAGCGCAAGGUUUAUUUGAGAACAAUCAUAUUGUUGAGGCGAUGCUGGAAACGCGUGCAAUGUCGAUCGCCGAGGGAGAUACCCUAGUGUUGAGUAUUCCAAAGCACGAACAAGGGCUACUUGAUGAGCUUCGCGGGAUGACCAGGAUCAUUUCAGGGGGCCACCGCGGAGAAGAUUUUGACCGGUUGGUCUUGCCAAGAUCCCAGGAAUUCGUCGAGGCUAUGGGACAUCGCAUCGCCUAUGAAGCCGCUAUAGAGGCAGGAGUUCAUUCUGACUUAGUGGCACUGUAUGAAAUCUGGGUCAUAUUGCAGGAUUUGGGCUGGUUUGUCCAGCAUACGAGUCUGACCCGGGAGCGCAUGUUCCAGAUAGAAGCAGAAAGACUCAGCGCUGUGUUGCCUCAGUUGGAUACGUUGCUGGACGCUACUGGCGCUGAGCCGUACUGUAGUGCGCCUAUUGUGACCCAGGCAUCAUGGGACCAUUUCGUCGACCAGUUGGAGACCAAGACAGGAAGUCGUACUACAAGCAUCGAUCUCUCAAGGGGCGGGGCCAUGCUGUAA